UUCGUUGUGCUGCGUUGUCAGCCGUACGCAGGAAAAACAUCGGAACGAUCGCAGUUUUUAGAUCCAUUUUCUCGUUGUUUCAGUGCAAAACUUUCAACAUUAAACUAAACGUGCGUAUUAAUCACAAACGUACGAGCAGGGGGUAAAGUCCAUCUUGUGUGUUAGCGUAGGAAACCGAGAAACUAGUUUUUAGUGGUCCAAAAUGUUGGAUUUGUUCACCAUUUUCACCAAGGGCGGAAUCGUCCUGUGGUACUUCCGAGGAACCGAUCAAAUAUUCGCCCCCUCGGUAAAUGCGCUCAUCCGAAGCGUAAUUCUACAGGAACGAUCGGGAGUGUAUGAUCAUGAUGGGCUCUCGCUCCAGUAUAAGCUGGACAAUGAAUUUGAGUUGGUGUUUGUCGUAGCAUUCCAGAAAAUCCUUCAGCUGUCGUAUAUCGACAAAUUUUUAAGCGACGUCCACUUGGAGUUCCGGGACAAGUACAAGAACGAUCUUCGAGUGGAGAAUCGAAACUAUUCAAAUUUUGACUUUCAAAAUGAUUUCACGCGCAUUCUGGAACAGGCGGAAAAGUGGGGACGCAUGCAGGCAACUCUUCCAAAGCAAAUGCGUAGCUACGAGGAUUCCCACAAGUCGAAGAAAACCGUGGCUUCGAUGAUUGAGAGAAAGGGCGAAGAGAAACCAGUUAGCAAAAAAUCCGUAAAGAUUGUAGAAUCUAAAAAGGCUGUGGAAGAACCGAUUGCUCCUCCGACUGUCUCGAAUGGAGCAAACGAUGAUGUUAUUCUCGAGAAUCGUAAGAAGAUGAUGGAGAAGCUGAACAAAAAGAAGGGGGACAAACCGAAGUCUCCCAAGUCACCCCAGCAGAAGUCCGGCAAGCAAAUGCGAGUUUGGGAUUUGGCAGGCAACACUAGAGAUUUGCCUAACUUGGAUCGGUCCAAGGACAAACCGGAAGAUAUAAAGAGCGAUUUCACGCCUACCGAUGCCAUUAUUGGCACCAUGAAGGGUGGCAUCCAGGACAUGGAGGUUGAAAGUGACAGCGAAUACUCCGAGGAAGAAGAUGAGGAGGAAAUUCAAACUUACGCCAAUCGCUCCAAUGUUGCUCCGGCCAAAAAAUCCGGAGGAGUUUUCUCUUUGUUCAAGGGACUGGUGGGAUCGAAGAAUCUUACCCGCGAGGACAUGCAACCAGCGCUGGACAAACUUCGAGACCAUUUGAUAUCUAAGAACGUUGCUUCCGAUAUUUCCCACAAAUUGUGCGAAUCGGUCGCAGUCAAAUUGGAAGGGAAGGUCCUGGGAACAUUCGACACCAUUGCGGCUACGGUCAAGAACACAUUGACCGAAGCACUGGUUCAAAUAUUGUCCCCGAAGCGCCGUGUCGACAUACUUCGCGAUUGUUUGGAGGCAAAGAAAAACAAGCGUCCGUACGUGAUGAGUUUCUGCGGGGUGAACGGCGUCGGAAAGUCCACCAAUUUGGCCAAGAUUUGCUUCUGGUUGAUCGAGAACAAUCUGAACGUGCUGAUUGCGGCUUGCGAUACGUUCCGCGCUGGAGCUGUUGAGCAGCUGCGGACCCAUAUGAGGCAUUUGAAUGCCCUACACCCACCGGAGAAGCAUGCCGGACGGAGCAUGGUUCAGCUGUACGAGAAGGGCUACGGAAAGGAUGCCGCCGGCAUUGCGAUGGAAGCCAUUCGGCAUGCCAAGGAUUCGGCGGUUGAUGUGGUGCUGAUCGAUACCGCUGGUCGGAUGCAGGACAACGAACCACUUAUGAGGGCGUUGGCGAAAUUGAUUAAGGUAAACGAACCUGACCUAGUGCUGUUCGUUGGAGAAGCUCUGGUCGGAAAUGAAGCCGUUGACCAGCUGGUAAAGUUCAACCAGGCCUUGGCAGACUACUCCUCAAACGAAAAUCCCCACAUCAUCGAUGGCAUCGUUUUGACUAAGUUUGAUACCAUCGAUGACAAGGUGGGUGCUGCCAUAUCGAUGACCUAUAUUACGGGACAACCGAUUGUAUUCGUCGGAACCGGACAGACAUAUACCGAUCUGAAGAAGCUGAACGCCAAGGCCGUCGUCCAUGCGUUGAUGAAGUAAAUUCCAAUCGAAGAAAACUCCAAUAUGUGUGUCAUCUUGUUUCGAUCAUCUCACAUGUUAUUGAUAUCCCAGUUUCAAGUUUCGUACAAUUUGUUGAACCAGUUUACCUAACUAUUUUAUUCCGGGUAGCUAGCUAACGCAAAACAGUAGACGAAUUCCAGCAGGCAUAGACAAUUGCAAAUUUAUCUCGGCUUAUUGUUUUACUUCACGAAAUUGUGUACCUACCUAAUAUAGUUUUUUUUUCUUUCAUUUUGGGAUGUGUAUUAUCAUUGUUCUGUACUAUUGCUAUUUUGUUGUGUUUUAUCGAUGAAAAAUAUUAUUCCGAUUAUCGUAGCCCAUUAGGGCCAAGAAUAUAUUGACAAGAUCAAAAACCCUA